CGCUGUGUUGCCGAGGAUCGGACGGGGUCCUUCCUCGGACUUUCCUGGGACAAUGUUCAGAAUAACUUUAAAGGAUCUCACAAUGGCUAGUGGAGUAGCCGCUGUCCCUCGGGUCCCAGGAUCUCCCCAUAAGGGAAUGAAGACCCCUAACCUACCCGUCAUUGAACAUCCUAUGUCCAAAUUAGGAAAUAAAGGGGAUCUCAACAUCCGUGGAUCCUCCAGCAUGGGACAGAGGAAGGACAACGGGCAUGGCCUUAAUUUGGAUUUUGGUCCAAAAAUCAGUACUAACGGGCCCAGUGCCCCCGUCAGCAGGGGCAGGGAUGUCGGAAACCCCUCCCUAUACAAAAGUGCACCGGACAGGAUCAUCCAGUGGCCUCCGGUUGCAGAUUUUUCGAUUACAAACUCUACAGACUCUGUAUGUGACUACACGGCGCCUUUUACUUAUCGUCGGUCAGCCGCCGAAAGGGCGGGCCUGAUCCCUCAGAGCCACAAAGAAGAAAUAAGUAAACGGAUGACAGACGUCAUUCUACCUCCCAUAGAGAAUCUUGGGGAGGACGAAUAUGGCAAGAGCAAACCUUCGUUUAAACUCCCAUCUCUCGACCAAAUUAUGGACUUGGUGGAAGAUAGAUCCAAAGAUCACCUUAUUGGCCCGAAGGCUGCCACAUCUCGGGGAAAGAAGUCCGAACAUUCACGGAGUCAGUUUGAGGUGGCUGACAUGGUGAAGGAUAAACUGAACACAGGACAUAACGGACUGAGAAAUCUCUUCCGGUCAAACGACCCGACUGGUCAAGGCAACGUUACAAGAGAGGCAUUGCUUCGAAUUAUCUAUACAGUGUGUGGGUACAUAUCGACUGACCAGUUUAACAAAUUCCUCAAAAAAAUUGGCCUUGAAGGACGAGAACCUAUAUCGUUUGAUUUGUUUGUAAGCUGUUUCAAAGAAAAUGAAGCUGUGAAGAAAGAGUGGGUGAGUCCCGUGCAGCGCUCACUGACAGAUAGGGGAAAUCGGAAGAAAAAUCCCGAGGAGAGUUUAAAAAACACAGACAUGCUUGUAGAGGAUCCGUACUUCUCAGCCCCCUUCUCAGACGAUAUGUUCAGACAAAAAAUCAAAACCAUAGAUGAUGCCAGGUUGGUUUUUCCUGCUGCAUGUUUUGAGCUCAAUGGUAUGAUAGUACCUCCACAACUCCGCGAGGCCUAUGCACAACUCGGCAUUUACAUGGUCAACCGAGACUUCGAUACAUUAUGGAAGAGGUAUGAUAAAGAGGGCACAGGAGCCAUUUUUACGCACAGAUUCCUGAAAAGGAUCGGGGUGGAUACCGGCAGACCAAAGUCGUUAACUGCACGUGAUUUACCCAUGCGAUAUCAAAAACUCAAGGAGGAAGUUAAGUCGCGACCUCGUUCUGAGGCAAUGGGUGUAAAUCCUAAAAACGAAGUUAAUUCUCUAACGGAAACAAACGCUAACGAACCUCAGGACAAACCGGCAUCUGCCGAAAACAAAAUUAAUGUGGAAGUGUUUAUGACCACAGACAUUCAAGAGCAGGCGGCAUCACGUAAGGAUGACUUGUAUACAACUACACAAACUGACGAGAAGCCGGUGGACAGUGCGCCGGAUAAACCAACCAAGGAGACGAAGACCACAGAAACCCCUUUAUCAACACCACAAUCGAAAGUCAGAAUUCCCAAACGGAGGAAAAGCGUGAAGCUUGACAAUGUCGUUGACUGCCUUCAUUAUAGGUUUGAGGAGUCCUACAACGCUAUGAUGACAGCCUUCCAGCUCUUUGACUACCUGAGUGACAACUACAUAUCUCGGAUAGACUUCCGACGGUGCUUACAAGAAUUUGGCUUCAACGUUACCGUCACGGAGCUCGACAACUUCCUCGCAAGAAUUGGAAUUCGUUCUAUACGUGGUCAACUCAACUACAAGGAAUUCCUGGCUAAGUUCCAAAGCAAAGCUGAAAACAGCAUAACGAAUCGAACGGUUACAAACCAGUACCACAUGUUCCAGACAGACACACUACCUGGUUCACAGGGGGGACUCACAGCGGAGGAACUAGAGGCUAAACUUGUAGAGUAUUUCCAUGGGGAUUUCAUCAAACUCAUCUCCUACUUUAGGUCGUGUGACAAGUACAAUUUGAGUGUUAUUACUCCACACGAGUUCCGGUGCGGAAUAGAACGGAGGCUUGGCUACCAGAUAUCUGAGAAACAAUGGGAUCAGCUACAUUCAGACGUUGGACAAGAUGGUGACGGACUUAUCCCCUACCACAAGUUCCUCCAGAUGUUCGAUGUCAUACCCGGCUCCUGGAAUAGGAGAAUGGAGGACGGAAUGGCCGUGGUCCAGGUCAGUGGAAAUGACAUGAGCCAUGUCCCGGAACUGGACAAGCUGCGAGAGAAGGCCAAGGUACACAUGGUACCGCAUGAGGUCGAGAAACCGAAAUCCGAUGUCAGAACCGUUGAAGAUAUCCAGCUCCUGUUAGAUGACCUGUUUAACACCAAAUUUCACACUUUUGACAAGCAUUUCAAGGAGAUGGACAGAAAGAUGACCGGACGGAUGAGUAAAUGGCAAUUCGGUGCUCUAGUAAAACUCUGUGGUUUGACACUGACCCAGCCGGAAAUGGACAAAAUGUGGCUCUCACUCAACGUGGCCGACGAUGGCAUGUAUAGCUAUAACUCCCUCCUCAAGAACUUCGUCAAUUUAAAGUCAACCACUGCCGAAAGGAAGGAGAUUGUCACGCAAAUUUUGGCUCAUGACCGUACAGGCCUGGCAGACAGGGGUUCGCGUAACCCCACAAAACGGAAGCGCAGUACUGGUAUCAUUCCCACCAUCGGCUGUGACAAUACUAAGGAAUUGAUAGAGGAGGCGAAAAGAGUGCAGAGAGAACGUCGAGAGAAGAGGAAAGCGAAACAACAGGAGGUAGCCAAACCACCUCAGUCUCGAGGUCCCCCAUCACGAACAGCGUCUGCCGCCAGCUUCCCGCCUCCACCACCAUCAGCCCCAGCGUCCAUCAUGUCCACGAAAAGUGUCCGCACUAAGGAGCUUCUGGUAAAGGUCAAAGAAAACGUUAUCAACAACUGGGAAGGGCUCAAAUCUGUUUUUAAAUUCAUCGAUCGCAAUGGAUUCGCUAACAUCACCAUGAAGGAAAUGCUGGACAUCAUGGAUAGUAUGAACUUCUGUUUGACGUCGGAUGAAAAGAAAGAACUGUGCCAACGCUUUGACCUUCAAAGAAACGGAAGGUUCCACUAUCUAGAGUUUAUGAAAUGCUAUUCACAGAGACCAGAAAAUUCCGAAAGAGCAAAAUCUUUUGUUUACAGUAAACAUACUCACACACUCACAAAGAAGCAAAGAAAUGGAUCGACCAUUACUGUGGCUAGAGUCCUCAGUGAAAUGAGAGAUAAGCUGAUGGCAGAAAACAGCAAUCUACGACGCGCAUUUAAGAAACUAGACAUCAGCAGGAACGGGUACCUUUCAGUCGGAGACUUCCGGCGAGCGCUCAAAUCGUGUAACGUGGAGGUUUCCAACGAAGAUUUCUAUCAUUUGAUGUCGGAAUUCGACUGCAACUUGACAGGUCGAAUAUCAUACGACAAUUUUCUCGGGACCUUCAUCGAUGUAUAGGAUUUACAUAGACAAUCGAUAUUAUAUGUAAUUUGUUUAUAUUUAUCAACAGAAAUCCGUCCAAACCAUUAUAGAGAUAUACAAAACUGCGAAAGUGAAUCUAACAUUAUGUUACAUAAUUACGGGGUAAACUUAAAGGAAAACGCAUGUAUUUAUACAUAGAUUUUUUUCGUUAUUGUAUGCAUUAAUACAGUAUUUAUAAAAAAAAAAUAUAAAACUAAUCACAGAUUAUUUGCGUUAAAUAACGGGUUUGGUAUACAAUGUAUAUUUUAUCCGUUAAAUAUAUAAGUUAUAUUUGUUUGCCUGAGAAGAAAACUCCUCCUUACAUUUUAGGUCACUAACUUAUACCAUAUAGUGCUUUAUUAACACACACAGUGUGGCUUAUUUAGCUCUAGGGUAUGCAUAUUUUAUGAUUAAAUACAUGUUUACAAAUUCUGUUCAACCUUAGUGCGGUUAGGAUGGGCAGAUAUCUAGGCAUGUUGACCUUAUUAUUAUUAUUAUUAUUAUACAAAUGGUAAGCACCAUGUACCGUGUUAACGAAUAAAUCAGCUCUUCAUUGUCAUUCCUAAUAUGCAUUGUAUACAAAUAGUUAACCUUUUAAAGCAGGGGAGGCAAUUAUACCUGAUUAUUUAUUUAGUGGAGUUUGAUUACUGCUUAAGAUUCGUUCUGAAAGGUCAUAGUAAAUAGUAUGGGUUUUUAAAAUAUAUCUGCACUUUCGAGCAUACUUUUUUUUUUUUCUCCAUAGGGCAUAACCAUAAGUCGACUCUUCACACAAUGCGCCUUUAUCCUGGGAUACUGUCAUUUACCAGUACCUUUAUAUUACUUUUAUUAGAAUGCAUAUUACCGUGUUAUCGUUUACAAUAAUCUUAAUUGUUGAUUAGUCUGUGAAAUGUUCAAGCUUAACCAUGAUGCAGGUUCCCAUCAAUAACAUAAAGUGUGAUUGGAAGUAAUAUAACGAUACCCAGCAUGCUUGUAUGCAUAUUUUUAUUCCCUCACAAUUUCAGACAAAUGAAUAUGUCAUAUAACAUAAUAUAUGGUUUUCUAACUUAUUCUUAUAGAGCUUAUCUGUGAUACAUUUAGCCGUUGCCUUUGUUAGAAGUUAUGUUUCAUGUUGAGAAAUGUGUAACACUGCACGUUAUGUAUAUACUUAAUACUUGAUAGUGACAUUGUUACUGUGCUUGGGAACACAGCACAUAUACUCGUUGUAAUAUAUCAGUAUUCUAAGGUUUCAUAUUAAACAGCAAAGAAAAAAAGGAGACUCGUACAUCCCUCAAUAAUUCAACAGAAAUAUCAAUAGUUAGAGUUAAAACGCAUUAUGGUAAGGAAAAGGUACAAUAUCUGACAUUAACAUAAAUGUGUAUCUAUUAUAAUCCUCUUUAGACUUCCUAAAUAGCAAUAUCAUUUUAUCUUUUAUUUCUAAUCGUGAUGAAUGUUCUAUCAAAGCAACCAUGUAAAUGAUUUUAUUUCCAAAUAAAGUAUGUAAUAACUUUAAAAUACUGAUUCAUUUUUAUAAUAAACUACAUUGA